UAUUCCAACAUUUCCAAAUCGUCUAUCAGCUCUUCAUCCCAACUCCAUCUCUCAAAUGGCUAAGCAAGACGGCCUAGAAUGGAUCAUGGAAACGUUUGGUCUAGAGCCUCGCUGGACAAGAGACCCAGACACCGCAAAGAUCGAACAACUUGCGCGCAAACACCUCCACAUCGCACCAAACUCUCCCUGUACCAUCAAAUUCCACGCCCGCGGCGCCUUCAACAAACUUUACAAAAUCGAAACAGAAACAAGAAACGCCCUGAUGCGAGUCACGUUACCCGUCGACCCUCACAACAAAACCAACAGCGAAGUCGCAACUAUCGAUUUCGUGCGCGAAUUCACAGACAUGCUGGUACCUCAAAUCUUUGCGUUCGAUGACUCGAACGAGAUCGAGCUGGGGUUUGAGUGGAUCUUGAUGGAGCUACUACCGGGUGGAACUCUGCGGUCGAAAUGGAGGAAAAUGUCUGGAGAUCGCAAGCGGGAUUUGGUGAAGCAGGUCGUUAAGUAUCAAGCUCAGCUCUUCCGUCACAGAUUUGAGGCUGUUGGGAAUAUAUUCUUUGAUUUCGAGGCGCAGUCUACGUUGGAUAUUGUCACAUCAACACCUCCUGUCAUCAAAGAACCACGAGAAAACCCACUCCCUACAAUAGGCCAACUGGUCUCAAUGAUAUUCUUCUGGGGCAAUCACAUCAACCAGAACGUACCCCGCGGUCCAUUCACCAACAGCGAAGACUGGAUCCGCGCUCGACUGACCUUGAUUCUCACCGAUCAAGAAACUAUCCUCUCAACCUCAACGGACGAAGACGAAAUCGAAGACGCCCAAUCCGCCAAAGACAUCGCCAAAAGACUGCUCAAAAUGCUUCCUAAGAUCUUUCCCCCGGAUACUCCUCCAGAAACAACUAUCCUCUUCCACGACGACCUGUCCAUGCAAAACAUCCUCGUCGACGAUAACGAGAAGAUCACCGGCGUUAUAGACUGGGAAUGUGUAUCCGCCCUCCCACUCUGGAGAGCGUGCCAACUGCCCCAGUUCCUCGAAGGCAGAGAACGAAACGAAGAACCAAAAAGAGAGCAGUACGCUUUAGACGACGGCAAAGAAGAAGAUGAGGGAGAAAAAGAACCACUCGACAACGAAAGCAUGAAUAGUCUGUACUGGGAGCAUCUGAUGGAAUACGAGCUAACGCAACUCCGCUUACUAUUCCGCGAGGAAAUGAGGAUCGUGGCACCAGAAUGGAUUCAAGAAAUGCAGAGCGGGGCCGAGAAAGCGGAUUUCGAAGACGCGGUUCGGAACUGUGAUAACGGGUGGCGGAGCAGCACAGUCGUAGCCUGGCUCGAUGCGAGAGAGAAAGGGGAGAAGUGGAGCUUGAGGAAGAAGAUGUUCGAGUGAGGGCAGGCUUGGAGAAUUUCAAAUAGCAAAACUUACCGACUGUCCAUCAAAUCAGGAUGUCUCGCUCUUUUCAACGCCUCAUGGAGACUCCACGCCGCUGACGUUCUUGCAUCUCGUGCUCCUACCCGUCAUAAUUGUUCGUGACCCAAUAUCCUCACUGUGAUCUUUCUUUCCCUGCGUUUUCAACCCCGAUAACUUAUCCCUCAUUUCCACAGUGUCCGGCGAUCUAGCAUUGUCCGUCAUGAAACAUCGCAAUGGAUACCCAUCCGAGUUGACCAU